AUGCCUCCAUCUGUACCCUCUGCGGUUGUCCUUCCAAGAUGUCCAAAUCGCUGUGAGCGUCCUGCAGCCAGUGCGAGAGAGGGACGGCGAGCGGCCCGGAGUCAAGAAACGAGAGAUGGAACAGAAUCUGCAGUGCUUUCCUGGAGAUUUCUCAACGGGCUGCGAGAAAGUCAACAAGCUUCUAUUGUGGAGAAGGAGUCUCAUCCUGCGGCUUCAGCUCCUCCAGCUCCUACUCCGGUGUGUUGCACGCUUCCCGCCCUUCCAGUGCCUUCCUGCCCUGUUCUCUCGAAGCCACGGAUCGCAGCCAAGUGGAGGGAGGAUGCUUCUUGGGGAAGGGACAUUGGUCGAUACAUCGGGGACGGCUAUUUGCCAGAGGAACUGGGGCCGAAGCUACAAGGCCUGGAGCGGAUCGAACAGCUCUUCGUUUUGCAACGGGCCAUGGCGCACCGGAUACGCUACGAAAAGGGCAAAGUCACGGUGAAGCGAGAGCCAGGAAAAUGUGGAUUGAACAAGCCUGUUACCUUCGCUUCCAACAUUUGGAAUCGUGGAUAUGCGAACUGCGCUGGACAUUGUGUGGUUUUUGCUUCGGCCAUGAAAGCCUUAGGGAUUCCCUACUGCGUGGUGACCUUGCGGAGCAAAAUGAAAGGCAAGCCAAAGCAUGCCAUCAUGCAGGUGGGCUUUCCAGAAGAAACUGAUAUCAGGAGAGUGUCAAGAAGAGCCACAGAGCUGUGGGCCCAGUUCUACGGCGACACGGUGCAAGUGAAUGCGUAUCACCGGCAGGUUCGCCUCUACAGCGGCCUCAAGUUCGUUCGGAGCCGGAUGGGAAGUGAAGCUGCCAAGAGAAAGGGCUUGGGACACUGGCUGAUCCUGGACCCCGUGGCGAAGGUUGGUUGCUACCAUCACUUGGUCAAGAACGGCUACAUGACCCAGUCGAAGAAGGCCUUUGGUUUUUCAUCCAAGCCACAAAUCAAGUCGUGGCAAAGGGCUGAAGAUGAAGCCCAUGAAUCCUCAAGUGACAGUGGUUCGGACACUUUAGAUGUUGAUGUCCAGAGUGCCUGA